AUGGCCUCCCAAGGCACUUCACCGGUCCUUGUCCAGGCCCAUCCCCAUCCGCCUCAUACAUUAAACUCUACAUUCAGUGCAGAACCGGAACCUAGCCACCACCCGCAGACGUCAACUAUGCCCAGAAAUGAACUGCACGAACUGCUCUCUUCCAGCUCUCCACAUCCUCACCCUGAGCUACCUUCAUCCUCGCCCGAAAUGGAAAUGCCGGACUCAGAAAUGGCGGACAUUCCUCCCGCAGAACCCGAAUCUCGACCGCACGAGUCGGCGAAUCCUGCUGGAGCAGAGCCUCCUGCAGAGGCCCCAGAAGGUGUGGUAGUUCCGGAGCCGGCAACUGCUGAGGAGGAGGGAACAACUACGGUGAUAGCGGAAGUCCCAAGUCAAGACUCAAGCUCCACGCCUCCUCCACCGCCGGAGCCGCGCAAUAACAUUCCAGAAUGGACAAUGUAUGAAGAGGACUGGUCAAAGCCCACUGAGGAGGAGAUGGAAGAGCUGAGACUGAGAGAAACCAGAGGCACAGAGCUGAGCGCAGUGGACGUUCCCAGUGUGGAAAAGCGCAUCUAUUCAGACGUGGACCUUCCCGACGUGCGUCCGGUCAAGAAGUUGCGCCUCAGCUGGGUCAUCGAGGGCGUUAGGGGGACCAAGGACAGACCAAACCAUGCCAGAGUCAUGGUUUCACCCCCUGCUGUUGUGGAUGGGAACUACUGGCAAAUUAAAUUCUACCCGCGCGGCCACACAUCUUCGUCUUACAGUGCUUACAUUAAAUGCAGCAGACGGCCUCCUAAACCAGACAGCAAACCCUCUGAAAGCACCUUUUCAUUCUUCGAAGGCCCCCCAGACGCAGAUUUUGGCAAUGGAGCCGUGCCAGUUAUGACACUCAAGACUGAACGGCGAGCGAAGAAGGACGACCGUUCCUCAACUGCCUCCGCCGCUGCCUCAGCAGGCCACAAGCAGGACAGUCAACCACCUUCCGAAGGAGCAAAUCCCGGCGUAGUAGGUCUUGGUCAUGACGAAUCGCUUGACAUACAAACUCCUGCAGAACAAGGAGACGAGAAUUGGCGACUGUCUGCCCAGCUCGGAGUGGUGAUGUACAACCCCGAGGAGCCACGCACUUGUGCAUAUGCUUCCACUGAAGGACAGUUCUCCAAGUAUGUGGAUGAUUGGGGCUGGUCAAGUGUUGCGGGGCCUUGGAGAGAUGCACACCUGCGACAACACUUGCAAAGAGCACCGCUCUUGCAGAACGAUACCAUUGCCAUUGACGCCUAUAUCCGCAUCUUCGAUGAUCCGACGAAGGCUUUGUGGUGGCGUAGCUCCGAUGCCGAACCCCACUGGGACUCGAAAUCGCUUGCAGGGUACUUCCCGAUGGGAACUCCUCCGCUCUACCACAGCCCUGCCGUGGCAGGGAUGACUGCAUGGCUUCUUCUGGCCCCUUUCCGCAAGCUUCUUCAGCAAGCUGACGCCGGAGGCUGGCGGCACAAUUCGCAGAUCCGACCGAGGCCUUUCAUUGCUCACCUGCAAAUGAUACUCUUUUUGAUGCGAGCGUCAAGGAAAGAACGUGAAACCUAUGUGGACCUGUAUCCUGCGAUCCAGGCGAUGAGAGACUUUGGAGAAGAGUAUACUGACGUCAGAACCUUUUGGGAAGCCUUUCGAAGGACGAUCGAACUUGAACUGGACGACGACCAAGAAAGCUUGAGAGAGCUGAAGGCAAUCUUUGACGGUCCAAACGGUCCAAUUUCACUGCCACCAUUGCCAGUUGAGAAUGUGCUCGACAUCCAGCAAACGCUCAGUUGUGUUUUGCGGGACAUGGAUUUCAAAGGAUGUCUCCCCAACUUUUUGCCUCUUAUGCUGGCGCGGGAUAAGUUUGAUAAGACAACACGAGAAUGGAAACUGCUUUACGACCGUGUGAUCUUGAAUGAUGAGAUUGAUGUUUCAGAAUUCAGCACCGACGCAGAAGGUGUCAAAUACACCCUCUACGGAUUCAUGGUUCAUGCCGGUGUAAGAAACUCGGGGAAAUUUUACACAGUUUUGCGACCAAAUGGGCCAAACACAAUGUGGCUUGCUUUUGAAGAUGGGGAUGGUAACCAGGUGUUCUCUUACAAUAGAAAGGGAAUCCAAGCAUUCGAAGGACUCGAAGGACAGGCUCUGAAGGAUUUCAACUCGACCCGAACAACUGCUUACCUCGCAAUGUACAUUAAGACGAGCUGCUUGGCCGACUAUCUGCCGGGAGGUCUGGAGGCGUAUCAGCUUCCGAAGUGGCUCGCACCGUACCUUGAUUCUUCAUAUCAAGAAGCGCAUGGAAACUUUGCUGAAGACUCCACUGAGGGGGACUCGGAAGAAAUCAACGUCGAGAUUUACUCUGACCAAGGCAUCGUCGGAAGGGAAGGGUUGCUGGACAUGUACAACAUCAAACAACAGUCCCGACAUAAAGGGAUGUUCCACCUUCUGAGCUCGCCCAGAAAUGCAACAUAUCAGGACCUGAGGCAGCGCCUAGCCAAAACAAUUGGAAUUAGUGAUCCACUAGCGAUUCGACUCUUUCGGAUGGGUUAUAGUGGCAUUGGACAUUACGCCACUGCUCAAAUGCUCAAUGUUGGCAUGAUGGACAUAGUAGGCGAUGGCUGUGUUAUAGGUCAGCCGUUAUGCUUGUGGAUGUCAGUGCUCAGCAAGGACGAGCUUGAAUUGUUUGGUGAUGGGGGCAGAGCAAGCGUUCAAGUGGAUGCGGACCUGUUGCAUUCAAGAAGUGAGGCAUCCUUCUCGGGCAGUGUCACCCACGGGGCCGAAGAACAAAUUGCUGCUCCAGACGCGGAACAAGCUUCGAUCCGAGCAGCUGUUAGGGCCGACAUUGAUCGCAUCUCAAAUGACAGACAGCGGCCAUCUGCGGUAGCCGUGGAAAUCAAUGACCCGGACACUCCCAUGCAGCUGGAGAUCCCAGCUCCGACCGCUGAAGAAAGCUUGACCGCGACCGUGCCUCACGGCCAUCUCAUUGACGCGGCAGCACAUGAGAACGUGGGGGCUCUGCCUGUCAACGAUGACACUCAGUUCACUUCGGCGCCUGGACUCUCAGCGUUGUCUCGAGCCGAAGCAUCCCUGAUUGCCGCUGUCAUUUCUGAAGACUCCGAAGCCAUGGAUUUUGUGAUGAAUUCUGGAUCUGUUUCCACAGAAAAUUCGGCCUCGCAGUCUAGCGAGUCGUCACAGUCUUCAUCACCACCCCCUGAAAAGCACGGACCCGUUGAUAAUGUCUAUGGCUUCAUUCAAAUAUUCGACGUUGACAAGCAGACGUUCCGUGUCCAAGAGACCUUCUUUGCUCGGUCGGAAGAAAAAGUGAGAGACUUCGUGCAGAGACAUUUUGGUUAUGGGCCCGACAAGAAGUUUGUCGCCUGGCGUCGCCAUUCGACCGUCGAUGGAACCGUUGUGGGACUGGACGACACAUUUCUGGACCCCAGAUUCGUCAACGGUUGUGAUCUCGUCAUUUACGAGCCGGUGUCUGAAACUCGUGUCAGGGAGCUCGAGAAGGAAGGCAAGUUCGCCAGCCCUCACGAGCUAUCUAGCUACUUGCGGAUGGUGGAGCGUCGGCAUCCAGUUCACUCCAAGACAACAACCGAGCCCAUCGAACUUGCGGGUUUUGGGACCGACUACUACAAAGGGCCCCUGGUUAAUGGGCUCUGCCAUGGAGCUAAGUGCUUCAGUAUCAGCUCUACAGGCAAUACGUAUGAAGGACCCCUUGUCUGCAACGUCAAAAGCGGCAAAGGAGGCAAGAUGACGUACUAUAAUGGCGACACCUACGAAGGUGAAUGGUACCAAGACGAGCGUCACGGCCAGGGGACUUUUGUGGAAGCUAGAACAGGGAACAAGUACGUCGGCGGCUUUGAGAACGGCAAGCGGUGGGGGAUGGGUACCACGUACUGGCAGGUUGCGGACGAGCAGGCGGACUUGUGCCAGAUCUGCUACGGCAACGAGAUUGAUGCGCUCUUCUUCGACUGUGGGCACGUGUGCGCAUGUGUCGAAUGCGCAAGGCAGUGUGAGAUCUGCCCUAUCUGCAGAAAGACGGUGAAGCAGGUGGUCAAGAUGUUCCGAGCUUGA